AGAAAGGGACGUAACCUGCGUACAAAUUAACAGCACGACCAAACUCAAGCAGCGCGAGUUUCUUUACCUCGCCUCCCUCUCGCGCUGCACUGGUCUGGGUCCUGUGCCGCGCGCCGACGCAGCUGGACACUGCAGGAGGCGACAUUGCACGGCCGGAUCCACAUCACGGAGCCUCCGCAUAACCACCGGAGCUGCCAGCGUGCCGUCCGCGCAGCCAGCCCUUUUGAGCCGAAGGUUUCUUUCUGCCAUGCCUGUUCAGGACCAGAAGCUUCCAAAGUACGGAGCCGACUUUGCUUGGCGUGGCCGCACAAUGACUUUCUUCACCAUCUAACGCCUCACUAUCUACAAACAAGCGAACUGUACAGACACGAGGAUCGGCCCGUCAUCAGCAACAAUAAAAAGGCACUUUACUGGUCAGCACCGCGCUUCUACUUGCGAAAAUGACGGUAUAAAUGAACGCAAAGGGCAUCGAGUGCGAGGCAAAUGGUUUGGGGAACAACUGUUUUACUUUGAUGAGAGCGGCACACGGAGACUGCCAACCCCGAUACCUGCCGAUAAUAGGGCAGUUAUGAAACAGGUGUUGCGGAGAAGGGCUUUGACUGAGGUUCGGAAACUGCCAAAGGAUGCAAGACGCGACUCGACAGCACUGCUCCACGGCCAGCUAAUGAUACGCGUUUGAGGAGAACAGAGAGCGGAAUAAACUGUGAAACUGGCACAACAAGCCCCGGAGGCUACACUUGGGGGUACCACCUGAUAAAUCAACAGAUGCUUCAGUCAUGUGGCUGCAUGGUGCCCACACCCCAGGUGUGUGUAUCAACCCUGGUGACGGUGAGCACAAUGGCUGUGGUGGACCUCUACCUGCUGGAGCAGAGCAUGCUGGGAGCUCGCGGUGUUCCGGGACCUAGUGUGUGGCAGUGUGUGGCCGUGUUGCUAGGUGAUGUGGGCUUCCUCCUUGCACUGCGCUUUGUGUCAGCCGGUGUGGUCUCAGAGGCUCGCUCUCCACGCCGUGGUUUUGCCAACGCCCUGUGGUUCAUGUUCCUGUCUCUGCUUCAACUUAAGCUCUUCUUUGUUUGCCACAACUACCGCCAGGAGCGACGCCCACCUGAUCCCUUGGCCCGAAAAACACUGACCUUAUUGCUGUCCAUCUGUCUGCCCUCCCUGUUCCUCAUACUGACUGGGGCCGACCACAUGAGCCCACAGAGAAGGAAGCAGGAGGUGCGCGGUCGGCUGUUGUGGGUGGUGGUGGACCUGCUGGACGUCCUGGACCUUCAGGCAGGACUGUGGGAGUCUCAAGGGGGCACAGUGCUCCCCGGGGACCAGAAGUUACCCAUAUGGGCCGAAGGCCUGGUCUUUUUUUACUGCUAUGCACUGUUGCUGUUGCUGCCGUGUGUGGCUCUCACAGAGCUGGGGGCCACUGGAUUGCCAGGACAGAGAGGGCCCCGAAAGGAGGCUCUGUAUCCUUGGCUCAGUCUGGUCACCAUCAACCUCUUCACUCUGGCCCUGAGGGGCACAGGCAUGCUAUGGUACCGGGACCCUCGGAUCUCUACUGUGUUCCUGGGGAAGAACCUGCUGGCUCUGGCAGUGAAGCUGAACUCUGCAUGGGAGAGGCACAGACAGGAGCAGCGUGCUGGAGGGACUGCAGUGGAAGCAGGAGACUCCAGUGGGCCAAGCCAGAGCUUAGAGCCCAGAGAGGCCCAGGCCCAAGCUAAAGAGUUACCAUCUAAUUACCACUCUUUGACGCGUUCUCAGAGCCACACACUGUCUCAUGUGAGCCUCCAGCCCUCAGAGACGGCCUUAGGACCUUCUUUCAUUUCUCAUGAACUAUAGAGAGCACACAGCACACAGACGCCUGUAUCUAUUUCAAACAGAUAUCUGCACUAAGCCUCGGUCCCUAACUCAUGCAUUUAGUAGUGCUCAGCUUGGAUUUCUGAACCAAUUUAAAUUGCAAUGGUGUGAAUUUUGUGUGUCAUUAUUUAAACUGAACAUUGGGAACUGACGUAUGUGUGAAAAGAACAUUGCUUAAUUGUCUGCUCAAGUCUCAUAAUAAUAUUUUUCGCUGACCCCCAAGUGCCAGAAUGACUUUGGGCAGUAAAUUCUUAAUGUCAAUUCAGAUUUACACCCACUCAGUGCACUCCCCCAGAGGUACCUAUGUUGAUCUGAAUCGAUUUCAUACAAUUAAUACUGCAUUUUUUUUAAAUCUACAAAAAGCAAAAUUAUAAUUUAUCAUGGGAAUCAAAAUCAUAUUUUAAAAUCAGCUGAAAAACUGUAAAAGCUACCCAUUUGAAACUUGCUAAUCUGUAGCUGAAAUGUACUAUGCUGGAAAAGGAAGAAGCCAAACAAUGAAAAAGGGAAUAUACCCCCAUCUCCUUUUUGUCAUGUGACUUGCUAAUUGAAUAAAGUUGAAUUCUAUCCAAACAGAAAGAGUGUGAGAGCCUUUAUGGCUCUUUAUGUCAUUCAGAGACUGCCAAUUGCCUCAGCAGCAAUGCAUUUGCUUGUGCAGCUCAACAACUGAAAACUUUUACAUUUCUCUCCAAAGGUGUCAAUAGGCUAUAAACCACAGUUCAGAAUGAAGUAAAAGUAAAACUUAUUUGGCUGUUUCAAAUUAUUGUCUCUUACUCCCAUUUUCUUAAGAUUUAUCUGUAAGCAUUAUGUAUUUUUUCCUCAAGGUUUACUAAGGUUGUUUUGGGAAAUACUCUAUGAGACAAUUGUUGUCUCAAAGUGGAGGCCAGGGGACCCCUGAAGAAUAGCAAAGCACUCAGAUGGUAUUAUCAACAUAUACUCAAAAAUAAUAGUGCUGUAUUAACAGGUAUGUUUUUACUGAAAAUGGGAAUAUGUUAGGGGAACAUUUUGCAGUGGGGCUUCCAGGUCCUUUGCACGGUUAUUUUUGGGGUCCAGAACAUACACCAUGUUCUACCAGGAGUCUACCCACUCUGCAUCUGAAAACAACAUCUACUGUGGAGCUAUAGGGUGCAGCGGGCUUGCAGAAGCACUUUUAUGUUGGGCACAAAAUGGUAAUCAGAAAAACACUGUGACUUUGCCUGUGGUGAAAGUCUGCCUCUAGAAUGAUUUAAAAUAUUGACAAUAGCGGUCUAGUAAUUUAAUAAAUAUUUAAUAGCAAUUUCUCACAUAUGUCAGAGCAACAGAUUUCUAUGAACGGUUUUGUUAACGCAGCUAAAUUGUAACAUUAAUCCCCAAACAUGUUUAAAAUGUUGUGACUAGUUUUACUACUUUUUUAAAAGAAAACAAUGUAAGUAAUCCCUUUACUCCUGACUUAUUGAUGUUAUAUUUGCACUUUUACUGUCUAUGUGUAA